UCCAGAUUUUUAUGCAAGACAAAAACUGUGUAAGUGUAACUCUGUAAUGCAGAACAUGCAUCAGAGUUACACCUGUCAUGCCAGACAACCAUGAAGUCCUCCUUUCACGUGUGUUUUCCCUUAAAAGCCGCGCAUGACAGGCUUUCUCUGUCAUGUAGAGCAAAUUUGUGAUGCUGUCAACCAAAGAAAGUUACACUAACACAGUUUUUUUCUUGGAUAAUUUUUGCCGAGUAUUCAAUUCAAAUCCGUUUUUCGUCCGCCCCCAUGACAGACUCAAAAAUAUUCUGACGGGCACGGGAUUUUUUUCUUCUUUUUAGUACGCAUGGUUAGAUGGCCUUAGUUGUCCUCAAACGCGAUAGCCACAGGCGGUUACGACAUUCUCAAAUGAAACCACAAAUUCAAUCGAUUUUCCAGAUUUUCAUACGUUUACUUUACACAUGCGAAGGGAUGGAUCAACUUUUUCAUCUCAAAACAUCGACAGGUACAAGACACGGACAGAGGAGCUCCAGGCAAGAAAAGCGGAGUUUCGAUUGGCGGACAAGGAACGGACAGAGAUACGGAGCAAGCUCGAGCAAGAAAAACUAAAGCGGAAACAAGACUUUCUGACGGGCUUCAAUGUGAUCAGCCUGAAACUGAAGGAGAUGUACCAGCUAUGAAAAAAAGAAAACAUGAGCACGUCCAUAACUCUGCAGGUUUCAUCGCAAGAUGGUUUCAGUCCGCAUGAGGAUUUUUUCUUGCAGACUGAAGACAUCGGGUCUUACACUUACUGCAGAUGAAACACCAAGGAAUGAAGCGCGUUUGCGCAGCUAGCUUAGCUUGACUCCGAUGAACUUCUACGCAUGAAUAUUGAGUUGCAAAAAUGCACGAAAGUGAUUGUGCUGAUGUUUUUUUCCUGAAUACCAGAUGAUCACUCUCGGGGGCGACGCGGAGCUGGAGCUAGUCGACACCUAUGACCCCUUCCAGGAGGGCGUCAUGUUCUCCGUGCGACCAAAGUUGAAAAGCUGGAAACAAAUCACGAAUCUUAGCGGUAGUGAAUUGCUAUUUUUAUCUACCUGUGCAACAGAUGAAAUUGAAAACGAAUAUCGUCCAAACGAUGAUCAUGACCUGGGGAUCGGUGAUAUAAUUAUGCGCAACAUUCACAUUGAGUUGACAUUCAAAUUUCUAAAAAUAAUUUAGGUGGCGAAAAGACCCUGGCGUCGCUCGCUUUAGUUUUCGCGUUGCACCACUACCGGCCCACUCCGAUUUACUUCAUGGACGAGAUCGAUGCGGCGCUGGACUUCCGGAACGUGAGCAUCAUUGCCAACUACAUCAAGCAAAACACGAAGAAUGCGCAGUUCAUCAUUAUUUCGCUGCGGAACCACAUGUUCGAGCUCGCCGACCAGCUCGUGGGCGUGUGCAAGAAGAACGAUCAGUCUAUUAUCAAAUGUAAAAAUGUCUGGGUCUGGAAGAAUCCGAAAUUUGUUAUGCUGCUUUUGCAUGACACAGAAUGUCUGUCAUGGAAGCCCUAGCAUCACAGAUUUUUAGAGGCCUUCCUGAUGCCUAUUCCGCAUGAAAAACGCCCUCCACGCGUAGCACAAACCGGACUCCUCUUGCUAGUCAUGCAAUACAGAAUUUUUUAGAGUCCAAAGUUAGCAUCACAAGUUCCAACCUUCCAGACCCAGACAUUUUUGCAAUCCAUAUCUAUGUCGGUGUCCGUAAACCCCGAGAAGUUCAUUGCCGGGAAGAAAAAGAGAGGCGCGCUUGGCUACGAAGAAGACAAGAAGGUACAGCAUCUGAUCAAGCGGUUUCGGGACAUCAAAAAAGACCUGAAAGGGCGAGGCAAGGAGCACAUCUUGCCGGCAGUUUCCCGCCACGCCUCCCUAUCAAGUGAAAAAAUGUCUGGGUCUGGAAGGGUGUAAACUUGUCAUGCAGAUUUUCCAUGACCCGCGAGGUCUGGAAUGCGGGACUUAGCAUGACAGACUCUGCGAGGUCUCUGCCAUCCUUAUCCUGCAUGAGAAACUCCCUUCCAGCUUGGUCGAAAGUGGACAGCUUUUGGCACUCAUGCAACACAGAUUUUUGUAUGCUUCAGAUUUACCAUGACAAGUUACCACCUUCCAGACCCAGACAUAUUUGCAAUUCAUACUCCCCGCGGGGCAGCAAAAAGCCGACGAAAACGAAUCCCACAGCCGAGGACGUAUCAAAUGUAAAAAUGUCUGGGUCUGGAAGAUUCAUGCUGUUCUUGCAUGACACAGAAGGUCUGGCAUGGAAGCUCUAGCAUCACAGGUUUCGAGAAGCUUCCGCAAUGCCGAACCCGCAUGAGAAAUCCCCCAUUAUGGCGACAGAAUUGAGCAGCUUUUGCUACCGAUGCAUGAGAGAUUUUUCUGUGUUCGAAAAAGCGCAUCACAAGUUCGGAUCGUUCCAGACCCAGACAUUUUUACAUUUGAUAGGACGCGGGAGAGAGCAACGCCAACGAGGAAUAGCGAGACGAACACGUUACACGUUCCGACAGAGACGCUGCAGCUCCCGAUUAGUCUGGGUCUGAUCCUAGAAGGAAAAGGACGCUAUAGGGUUUUGUAUAGGAACACAGACAGGAUAGAUUGAUAUAUCAACGGUCACUAGAUUUCCAUAUUCUUUCAAACAAGGAGAUGAAGACACAGUCAAUGAGUAAAACUAAAAUGAGUAUGGAAGCUUUUACGCGGAUUUACUUUCAAAACAGGUUAAACUUAAAACAGCGAAAGAAAUCAAUGCUGGAAAACAAACAGCACUUCCGUUUGUCGUUUUUUUUUCGGUCUUCCGAAACAAAACAGGAUUCGAGAGAGCUACAGGCUCCCGUUGAUAUCAUUCCCGCUAAUCAACGGAAAAAGUGGCGUUGCUGCUUGAC